GGCGUAAUGUCGAGAAGUAGGAUCAUUUGCUUACGUUCUGCGAGCCGAGAAAAACGAUGAGCUUGUGGACAGCGAUGCAUUAACAGACAAAGCGAGAAAUCUUGUAUUAGCAAUCGAUUCAAAUCAUGAACAAGAAAGGCUUGGCCAUUUUGAUGCGAGCAAGAAUGAAAUCUCCAAGAGAUCAAACUAAGCUUCCUCUCUUAACUCUCAAUAACAGGGUUAAUCAAAUUAUAUCCGAUUCUCAAGAUAGCCAAUUCGAUGCUAGUGUUUCAGAGGGAGGAGCCAACAAGCUCAAUGUCUCCACCAACGGAAAGAGGGAUUUCGAUUCUGUCCGAGAAUCACUGCACUCGGCCAUAUCAUUGAACAAAACUGAGGUUCUGGAUGUGGCGCUUAAUGAUUUCUCCGAGGGCUAUGUCAGCCUUUCUUUUGAAGACCGCCAGAAAUUAUUGCUCACUCUGGCCAAAGUUUAUGAUCUCAAUAGGAUGCAAGUUCGUGACCUCAUUAAACAAUACCUUGGAUUCGAAGUUCCUGGCAGUAAUUCAGUUGAAUCCAGUACUGCUGAAGAGGAAGCCAUGCUUUCUUGUUUCUAUCGCAUCGAACGAAAUUUGAGACAAGCUCUUCAGCCAGCAUAUGAGGUUCUCUUUGAACGACUCAACAACCACCCUGGGGGACUGAAGUUCCUGUCAAUUUUUCGGGCUGACAUCCUAUCCUUUCUCGCAGAGGAAAAUAUUGCAUCUUUGAGAUCUCUAGAUUCCUACUUAAAGGAGAAACUUAAUACUUGGCUUAGUCCUGCUGCAUUGGAGCUUCAUCAGAUUACAUGGGAUGAUCCUGCUCGUUUGCUGGAGAAAAUUGUGGCUUAUGAGGCAGUACAUCCAAUCUGCAAUCUUUUAGAUCUUAAAAGGAGGUUGGGGGUUGGUCGUCGUUGUUUCGGAUAUUUACAUCCAGCAAUACCUGGUGAGCCGCUUAUUUUCAUAGAAGUUGCCCUUCUGAAGAAUGUGGCUCAGACAAUACAGGAAGUUUUAUGGGAUAAUCCUCCCAUACCUGAAUCUGAGGCUGCAUGUGCACUAUUUUAUUCCAUAUCAUCAACUCAGCCUGGCUUGGCAGGGAUCAACCUGGGAAAGUUUCUUAUCAAACGUGUCGUUACACUGCUGAAAAGAGAUAUGCCACAUAUAUCUGUAUUUGCAACAUUAAGCCCAAUUCCUGGAUUCAUGCAAUGGCUGCUAUCUAAGUUGGCAUCCCAGUCAAUCCUUGCUGAGGUGGAGAACAUGUCACAAUCUCCAAAUGGAUCUGUUUCUACGUUUAGGGAGAAUAUACUUGAACCAGAUGAAGAAAGAUUACUUAUGAAUUGUUCUCUGGAUGAUUUUCCUGGAAAAAAUGGAAUCGAAGUGCUGCUGAAGCUGUUGACAUCAACAAAAUAUGAGUGGACCAGUUCAGAUGAAUUGCUUUCAGCAUUAAAGCCCCCUCUAAUGCGACUUUGUGCCAGGUACCUUCUGCAAGAGAAAAAGAGAGGAAAAGCUCUAGAUUCUGUUGCUAAUUUUCACUUGCAAAAUGGCGCGAUGAUUGAAAGAAUAAAUUGGAUGGCAGACCCUUCUGAGAAAGGCCUUCGUCAAAGUGGAGGUAUCAUGGUGAACUAUGUGUACAGGGUUGAGAAAAUUGAAGAAUAUGCUCAGUCAUAUUUCAGCACUGGACAUAUACAUGCUUCAAACAACAUCCGUCGAUAUAAUAUGCCAUGGAAGGAACAAGAAGUGCCGACAAUUUAGGCUCACGAGGAAAUCAUUCAAGUAUAUAAUUUUUUACUUCCUGUAUAGGCGGACUUGCAAAUUUAACUGUUACGUCACAUAAGAUUUGGAAUGCCCAAACAAAAGAACUCCAGAGAUCCAGAGACUGUGAUUGAGGCUACCAUUACAACCUCAAUAUUCUCUGUAUUUGGUACUAUCUUCAAGUUGGUUACUGCUCUGGACUAAAGUUUCAUUAUCAAGUUGAUUCCUAUUUGAGUUCUGCGUAUUAUAUGGAUAAUAUACAGAGUAAUUUCCAUUAUGUGGCUGAACUUUAGAACGCAUAUAAGAUUGUAUACAUACGAUAUUAUAAAUUUGAGUUCUGUCUAUAACACAUAUUACUAGCGCAUGA